AUGCUACACCUGCAGCCACAUAAUUUAUUAAUCCAGAAGACGUUAUCAGAAGCUAUCGAAGCGUAUAACAAAGGCGCACCGAUAACGUUGGAUCGCAUUGUGUCAGAUUUUGAUUACGCCACCUUUCAUAUCAGCGAUAGCGAGCAGGAUAAAUCGAUAUUACAUCUCAGCAUCCGUACGAAAGCUUGGCAGAGCGUCAGCAGCUUAGGCCGUGGCAUCUUAGCUUACUUACAGGACAAAUAUGAUAAGCUACCUGGUGUUUCCACUCUACAGCCACCCGAAUCAGGUUAUGACUACACGAUGCGUAUCAAUUUAGCGGAGCUAUCGACGGACUCCAUUAUUCACAUUUCGUUGCUAAAAAUCAUUAUUAUGUCUCACGCAUUCCAACUGGCGUUUGAUGAAAACGCCAAACUUGCUGAACUUCCAGAAGGAAGGCAAGACUCGUCCACGGUACAUGUCGUUCAAUACCGCGACGACGAGAACAUCUAUAUUAAGCCCUCUGGAGAUCGAAUCACAGUUAUUUUUGAAACUAUUUUCCAGGGGGAAACAGAUAAGGUCUUUGGCAAAGUGUUCUUGCAGGAGUUCGUCGACGCACGGAAGAGAAACCGGUCUAUUCAAUCCGUGCCACAAGUGCUAUUUUCCCAUGAGCCUCCUCUGGAGAUUGCAGCGGUACUUCCAAGCAAUAGUAUCAGUGAGAAGUCCAAAAGGUUCAUUACCUUUGUGUUAUUCCCGCGCCAUUUUGCUACUCCAGAAUUGCAGCUAUCUUCCGUGUGCCAGCUGGCCCUCUUUCGCAACUAUUUUCACUACCAUAUAAAGUGUUCAAAGGCGUACAUGCACACUAGGAUGAGACACAGGGUCGAUUCUUUCAUCAAGGUCUUGAACAGAGCUAAGGUGGAUGUAGACGAGGAUGAGCACGAGAACAACAGAAGAACUAUAUCUGGGAGAAAGAUGGUCUACUAA